UGACUCAGGGCGGAGAAAACUUUUCCCCCCUCAUCGAGGAGGAGCCUGCAGACACACACCGACACGCAGCACAGUGGAGGCUGACGCACAACCUGAGCAGCUCCAGACACACAGCCACUCAGUCCCACUCAGUCCUCUCGGCGAUGCUUACCCGACUCCGCACCACAGACUGAUCAGCGACCACCGCACAGCCGACCACCCUCCAGCUGAGCCCUCAGUGCAGCGGAGAGAGAGAGAGAGAGAGAGAGCGAGUAGAGCAGCGCCCCCCCUCUGAGCUCCAGGAAGAAGACGCAAACAUGUCAGAGAGGAGAGGUCAGAAGAAGUCCAUUUUCCUGUCAUUAUUAGUGUGCUGCAUGUUUGCCAGUGCAGAGUAUUCCAGCUGUGGAGAGUACGAGUUCUUCAACCAGACCAGUAACAGCUGCCAGGCCUGUCCUCAGUGCCAGCCUGGACAAGAGCCGCACAUGACCUGCGGCUACGGUGUGAGGGAUGAGGACUUUGCCUGUGUGCCCUGUCCUCACGGGAAGUAUUCCAAGGGGAAGUACGAGAUCUGCAGACGCCACAAAGACUGCGACGCCCUCUACAAAGCCACGGUGCGGGCGGCGGGGACUCCGGACAGCGAUGCCGAGUGUGGGCCGUGUUUACAGGGGUAUUACAUGCUGGAGAACAGACCCAGAAACCUCUAUGGGAUGGUGUGCCACUCCUGCCAGAACGCACCGCGCAACACCAAAGAAUGCAAGCAAAGCAUUAAACCAAAAGAGAAACCUCCGAUUGACCCUGGCAGCACGACAGUGUUCCCUCAUCUGGAUAAAGGUACCAAUGGACAGGGUCACCUAGCCACAGCUCUCAUCAUCGCCAUGUCAACCAUAUUCAUCAUGGCCAUCGCCAUCGUCCUCAUAAUCAUGUUUUACAUCCUGAAGGCCAAACCGAGCGGCCAGGCGUGUUGUUCCGGACAAGUUGUGAAGGCAGUGGAGGCUCAGAUCAUCAAACAGGAAGACAAGAAAGAUGUUCCAGACAAUGUGGUGAUCUACUCAGAAAAGGACGAGUUUGACAAACUGAAAGCCCCCCCGCAGAAGACGGUCAAAAGUGAAAACGAUGCAUCGUCAGAGAACGAGCAGCUGCUGAGCCGCAGCAUCGACAGCGACGAGGAGGCUGCGUCCGACAAACAGGGAUCAGCCGACACCACCAACACCAACCAGCGCCUGGUCAACCUGGGCAACAAGCCCGACCUCUGCCUCCUCUCUCUGGGGCGGCAUGAGAGCGACCACGCCUGCAACGGGUCCCCCACCAUCACGUCCGGCCAGGCCAACAACGGCCCGGGUCCCAACCACAUCGCCAACAACAACCACAUCAGCAACAUGAAUGCGAUCAAUAACAACAAUAAAACCCCAGGGAUGCUACAGAGUCGAAGGAAAAAGAUCCUGGAUCUGUACGCCAGAGCCUGCAAUGUGACAGAGGGCCUGAGCCCCACGGAGCUUCCCUUCGACUGUCUGGAGAAGACCAGCCGCAUGCUGAGCUCCUCCUACAGCAGCGAGGCGGCCGUGGUCAAGACGUGGAGGCACCUGGCCGAGAGCUUCGGCCUGAAGCGCGACGAGAUCGGCGGCAUGAGCGACGGCCUGCAGCUCUUCGAGAGGGUGAGCACGGCGGGCUACAGCAUCCCUGACCUCCUGACCCGCCUGGUGCAGAUCGAGAGGCUGGACGCCGUGGAGUCGCUCUGCUCCGACGUGCUCGGCUGCGGCGAGACGACGGCGGUCAACGGACGGCAAGGCAUCAGCAGUUUUCACAGCCAGCUGGUGUGUCAGUCCCAGUUCCCCUCACCCUCCCAACGCUGCGCCAGUGUCUAGACGUGUGGUGGAGCAGAGACUUAAGAGACUUGGAUGCCUCACAGUAUACAUUUCAGUAGGGGCAGAUACUGCUCUGACCAGGAGGAGAGCACAUAUACAGCAAACCUAUUACACCCAUCACAUGAAGAAUGUCCGUGGACCUUUGCAGGCACAGUUCUUUUUUUCGCCCAUCGUGGUUCUCUCUCUUUCAAGAAGCUAGCAAUGUGAAAUCGUUUCCUUAACUCCCGUCUUUCUAAACUUUUACAGAUUUUGAGAAAGAAAAAAAAUGAACGAUUGCUCGAGUUCACAUUAUUCUCGUUUGGUUGUUUAGAUAUUUUCUGCUUUGCAGGAACAAAACAAUCACGAUUCAUUUUAGACUUUUUUACUUUCUCAAAUUCCAAGGAAAUAGUUGCGCUGGAUGCAACACAAACAAUAUUUCGUCCACAGUAUUAAAAAAGAUACACAACUAUAGUCAAGAGUGGAAUCUGGGAGUUGAAUGACUUAUCUGAAGAAUUGAUUAAGUUUGCUCUUGUGAGAGUUCAUACUACAUAAUUCGCAGAACUUCUCUGCUGCUCUUGCGAAGUAUGUAAAUCACACUCUUGCUAGAGCUACUUCCUCAGCCGUGAUCCAGUCGGUGACCCCCCUCACCCCCUAGUCAUUCUUCCAGUCUAUCCCCCCCCCCCUUUCCCCUUUCACCCCUGCGCUGCGGUCUAGCGCUGCCGCCAGUCCUAAUUAUUUGGCGUGUGGCUUGCCGGGCCCCUAAUAGGCUGAGGUGUUGUGGUUUACAGAGCGGGUGCAAAGUGCCUGUGAUUUCCAUCACCCAAUUAAGCAUUUAGGGCCACUUAACCACUGAAGGCCCGGUGGAAAAGCUAUAAAAAAAAUACGUGCAUUAAAAAAUAGAGAUGCCACAGCAGCAGGCAUGACUAACUGCCUCCGGGGGGGUUCUGCACUGCGAGCCGGCCGUGGUGGAGGCUUUUUGUGGCUCAGUCAUGCUCAGACAGGAUUUAAGCUCUCCUCUACCCUAUGGGACCAAUAUAGCAAAUGAGAAAAACGUGCAGUCGUGUUGGUCGUCCACUUCUGAAAAGUAGCCGAGGCCUGUUGGGGGUGGGGGGGGGGGGGCUCCGAACAGCAUCAGGUUAAACUUUAGGAAGGGCGUCACGUUUGAUGCACUUCAUUAAUAACAGAUUAGAGCCGACAGAUAAGAUGCUGGUCAACGUCCGGCUCUCUGUGCUGGUGAAGCUCCAGAACUCAGCUGGAACCAGCGAUGCCAAGACGGUCUUUGAUCUCAUUGCUCGGGAAUGGGACUGAUCUUUAUCUGAUGCCUGAUGUUGUCAGCAUCGUGUCCCAUGACUGAUCUGCACGGAAUCAAACACAUCACCUGCUGCCAAGUUCUCCUGUUGACUGCUUUUUGUUCAUUCUUUUGUUUAAUACUGCAAACUCUGGGGCUGGACCCUCAGGUACUUUAAAUGAAUGUGCAUGUUCAUCAAGCAUCUAUUCAUAGUUUUUUCCUUUUUAAAAUCUCUUGUCGAAGCAAAGAAAAAGCUCACGAUAAAUAUAACUGCUUUAUCAGAGCAGGGCCGUCUUCAUCAGAUCCAGUACGAAACAUGUUUAACUAGUUAUUUUGAUGAUGUUUUAUGCUGUUGAGCUUUGUAAAUAAUAUAAUUGCUGGACUGAAUUGAAAUGAAAUGGAUCCGAGCCCUGAUUCCAGGCACGCAGAAUCUUGCCUAACACACAGUAUAUUAUGCUGAUAGACAGAAACCAAACAUGGAUUUCUUACCUCAGUAGCACACACAUUAUAGUAGAACAUGUAGAAACACACAUGCAAAGCCAUCACAGAACCAAAGUAUAACUGUAUAUAUAACUUAUUAUUGUACAUAGUGUAUACAUUAAUAAAGAUGUAAUGAAAAAAUG